AUGCCAACGCCCCUGGAUGUAGCCCAGGCGUCGGCCGAGUACUGGGUUUACGCCGUGCGGUUCAAUAACGCACUAGUGCUCGUGGGAUUCACGACAUUGUACUACGACUACCUCUUGACGCUGUCCGACGAGAUUGAGCACUUCUGGAAGUCCGCCAACCUCUCGAUAAUGUCGGUCCUGUUUGUGGUCAAUCGGUACUUCGGCCUCCUGGGACCGAUCGCUGUUGUUAUAGAAUACUUUGGAGAUAUUUCCGAAAUGGCAAUUGUAGCAGUUAUGCUCAUGAUCAGGACAUACGCGCUGUACGAUCGCAGCAGACGGAUCCUCGUCAUCCUCAUCGUGACGCAUCUCGCUGGCGCCAUCAUGUGCCUCGUCGCCAUCGUCACGAACAUCGGGCCUGUGAACACGUUAACACCGCUGCCUUUCAGGUUCACGGGCUGUGACCUCUCCCUCACGAACAACCAGGCCAUCCACCUCGCCCUCGCCUGGGGCGCCAUGCUCUGGUUCGACACCACAAUCUUCAUAUUAACCUUGGUGCAAGCGCUCCGAAUGCGGCACAUGUUCCCAGGACGCCUUCUCGAGAUCAUGUUUCGGGACGGAACCGUGUACUAUGGAUUCAUGGUGGCGGCCAAUGUAUCAAACAUCUCCACGUUUUUGAUCACCAGGUCGGGAUCGCCCUUGAAGGGCUUGGAUACAACACUCACGAACGUAUUAUCGACGACUCUUGCCUCCCGAAUUAUACUCAACCUACGCAACCCCGCGCUCCAGAGGUUGGGGCGGGACACCGAGACCAACCUCACGAGCGUGUGGAAUACGUACACGACCACGGCUGGGCCGGCGAUCACUGUAUCAACCUACGACUGCACUCUCGCCGAAGACGGCACGCUGCCGACGGACACGCAAAUCACCGAGGUCCCGCGAUUAUCUGAAGCAUAAUUCCCCGUUCAAUCGCCCCCGAGCGUCGCAGCCUAAUAGAUGAAUGCGGUUAAUCUCGGAAAAUGUACACUAGCACAUGGACGGUAUUACUAGUUGUGAUGCAGGAUAUGCGAUUGUCGUCGCACGGACCUAAAUAUGGUCAUGGUGGCUUCGGUGGCGCCGGCCAAGCCUCGGGGAGUCAACUUGGCUUUGGGCUCGAGACAUUUAACACCUCUGCGGAGGCGAGUUGCGAAGAUUUUCGCUCGUACAGGCAGCGCCCGAGCCCGCUCCUCUCCUGGCAACCGCAGAAGUACAAGGCCAGCUCGGUCAGAACGGC